AUGUACCUUUUCUUUAUUACAGAUGGCAUGGAGUUGCUUCACACAAAUAUACCAUGUGAGGAAACAUGUGAACAUCUAAGUGUCGUGUUAGGAGGAUGUUCUAUCACAUGUGAGCUUGAGGUAGGGGGAGAAGAGUACGAUAUUGAACUAGGACAUUCUUGUGUUUCAGAACCAGUUGCUCAAGAAUUGUUCAGAGGAUGCGAUGUUGAGGUUGAUCCUUGUAUUGUACAUGGGAGAAUAUGGAGUAGUGAUAAAGGGUAUAGGAGUUUGGAUCUAUUUAUUCAAAAAGAAGAUGUGAAAAAACUUAGCCAGGCUGUAUUAUGUUGUAGACUAAAGGAGGAGAUGAUGAAUCCAUUAAGACUUAUUAUUACAAAUCCUAGCCCUGAUACGGAACUUGUGGUUGUUGAUCAUGUCGAGUUAUCUGUAUAUGAGGUUGGUGUGUGUAUGGAGGAUUUAGUACAAGCAUGUGUGGCAUAA